CGACGACGGUGAACAUGUUGGCUGUUGGUACGCAAUCUAGCCGAAACAUUGAAUCUGACAGUUCCAGCUGACCAGAGGCGAAGGCAGAUCCGUCCGUAGACAGUAGCAGCGACGUGAAAAGCACAUCAUUUCAGCCACCAUUACUCAUUCCCACGCUACCUGACGUGCGACGUAGUCGAGUCGUCCAUUCGAUGCCUUAUCAGAGCAAGCAUCACCACGAACGCCACUGGGGUCCAUUUUUCGAGGAACCGGUCAACGUGACUUCCGGAGCGGCCUUGCCCGUCGGAUAUCAUUUAUCAACGGAGGCCAUACUCAACUGUAGGGUAGGAAUGCUGAAAGAUAAAACGGUGAUGUGGAUCCGCCGGACCACCGAUAAGGUGUCAUUACUCACCGUCGGCAAUAAUACGUACAGCGGGGACCCGAGGAUAAAGGUGAAGUUUCAAUAUCCCAAUAAUUGGAGGCUACAUAUCAACCCGGUCAAAUCGGACGACGCCGGGCUGUACAUGUGCCAAGUGUCGACACAUCCUCCGCGAGUGUUCGCAACGAAUCUGACGGUGCUGGAACCCGCCGUCCGGAUAGUGGAUGAAAUGGGUUAUGAGUUCUAUGAUCGUUACUAUAAACUGGGCAGUACGAUCGAAAUAUCGUGCCAAGUGUCGACGUCGUAUCUAGCGACUUUUCCACCAAGCUUCGCUUCAGCAUCUCAGCGAUCGAAGACAUUCGCAUCGGCGGUGGCCAAUAACGUUCUACGCCCGAGUAACUUUAAAGACGAUAACAAACUGAGCGACACCACGGAUAGAGGAUUGAUAAGCUGGACCAAGGAUGGCGCCGAGCUACCGAAGGAUGUCAAGAUGAGUUUUAGUGGAACCAAGCAGUGGCUUAUAAGCCGCAUAUCGAUCCUGCAGGCGACCCGUGUACACAAUGGCGUCUACAACUGCACCGUCGCUGGCAAGCAGAGUACGUCGGCCCAGGUGCAGGUUCUGAACGGUGAGACGCCAGCCGCAGUGCAUCAUAACUCUGGUCAUCGACGGGAGGAAGCGUUCGUCCUGGUUGGCAUCAAUACGAUAAUGGCGCUAUUGUCGUGGUGUAUACUACUGAAUCUCGGCUGGUUUCAAUUGAAACGAUUGGAAAUGUGAUGAGAAAUUGUUCACAUUCUUUCUAAAUCCGUUAAAAUACAGGAAAACGAACCAAGGUUGUUACAAUGACUACACAGCCAACACGGAUUUAGCUUCUUUCCGGGGCUGUAUGUAUACUACAAGCAGCAAUCAAAAGUCCUGAUAUCGAAAUAUCCCAAAUAUGCAUUGGUGUUGAAUCGAUUUAGAACAAGAUCGAUUCAACCCUCGUUUCACCUUGCUGUGAACUGAGUCCUCAUCUUGUGUAGAGAAAAACUGAUAAAAAGAUCAUACAGGUGUUAAUAUGUGAAUAUUUGAAAUGUUGAGAGAUUUUAUUUGUUUAGAUGGAAUAAUAAAUGGUUUGUGGAUGCCACGAGCAU